CACUCCCCCACCGCACCAAGCCAAGGCUGGUAAGGCCUGUCCACCUUGGCGGCGAUUUCGGAUUCUGAAUCGUGGAUGCUGACCACCAGCCAUCAACGUCGCUCCACACCACACUGCCAUUACCCCCACGCCAUCACAGUCACUGCCUUCUCAUCGCUUUCCCCGCGCCACCCCUUCGCAGUCGGCCACUGCCUGUAAAAUCCACACCUUUCAGGUACUAUCUGCGUCGUUAGUCGUCACACCCGAAGCUUCCGCGAAUCACCGCGUUCGUUCCUCGAAGCUUCGGGUCCGAUGGACCUCGCGGCCCGGGUCCAGUGGGCAGUGCAGCAGCCAGUCAACCCGUGCCACGUCGGCCCAUCAAUACGUGCCAGCUGCAGCCGCGGAGGCGAUGGCGGAAGCCCUAACCUCGUCCUUCUCUCCUCUUGCGCCACUUCCGCCGGAUUCCCCCGAUUCCCCGCGCGGACCUCCCCCGCGUGCGCUCGAAGCUCCGCCGCUUCAGCCCCCCACCCACGCCCUGUAGUCGUUUUCCGCGCGGGCAGCCGCCCAUUAGCAUCUCCGGGCAGAAGAAAAAGAGUUCCGGUUCCGGUUGCUCUGACUGUGACUAUAACGGAGGGUUGGGGGUUGGGCCUGGGAGAGGCAGGCUCGGUGGCAGGAUCGGGGAGAGGCUCGGCAUGGGGCAGGGCAGGCUCGGCAGGGAAGCCAGCAGGUUGGGUGAAUGGGAGAAAAGGCACCGUGGCAGCAGCAGCAGCGGUCUCAUUGGCUGGGGACGGAUCAAAUCUUGACAAGCCAAUGAUUGCAAGCGAGAUGCUGACGCAGCAAAAGCAGGAGCAGGAGCAAGAGCAGGGGAGGGAUGGAGCAGCAGGGGCGAAGGGUGUGGUUGAGGGAGAGAGUAAAGGAGGAGGAGAGAGUGGAGGGGGGAGAGAGAGUGUGGGAGUGGAGGAGGUAUUGGAGAGGAUGAGGAGCGCUGUGCGAAUAGAGUGUCUGGCUGCAGACAUGCACGUGCAUGUAACAGGUGUGCAGUCCCUGAUGGGCAUGGAGGGCACGUGGCAGCUCCUCGUGUCGCCAGCUGGCGGCCGAUUUGUGGAGUCCUUUGUCGGGCGGCACAUCUGGAGUGUCUCGGGAUUCGCCGGCCAAUCAGAGACCAGCGAAUCUGAUAGCAAAUCUAGCAUAUCUGAUGCCGGAUCCUGGAACGCAGAUGGUGACAAGGAUUGCAACCCAGUCUGCAACACGGUGUGGGAUAUCGAUACGGCCGGCAGAGUAUCUGCACUGGAUCUGGACGAUCACGAGGUGUAUCUGCUCUCCGUGUGGCUCCGAUCGUCCCUCUGGCUGCUGCCGCCUGUCGCCAGCUCUGCGCUCGAUAUAAGAAUAGUGGGCGACGGGGAGGGGGCAGGGGAGGAGGGAAGGGAGGGGCAACGCAAAGGGGAAGGGGAGGAGGAGGGGGAUAAGGUGAUGGGCGCGGAGAGGGAGGGCUCGUGUGUGAUACCGAAUGGCAUGAGGAUGGAGAUAGAUGCUCACGUGGCAGCACAGGAUAGGGUGAUCCUGGCGAUGAACUUGACUGGUCGGGAGGUGACCAUGUACGUGGCCGUGCACCGCUCUGAUUGGUUGCCUCGUGUGGCAGUGGUGAAGGCGUACGGUGCUCUUGAGACCUUCACUUUCAGCCUAUGGGCGCCUGUAGCGCCCGACUGCGAGUUCCUGCUGCCCGCUACAGUGCACCGGGAAACCUCAGCAGGCGCGCAGCAAACGUUUUCGGCUGCCCGGACCUCUGUGUUGCCGCCCGGCCAGGCCCAUAUCGUCCUGCGUGAGAGGGAGGGUAUUGCUGCUCCUGGUGUUACUGCUGCUGCUGCGGGUGGUUUUGUUUGUGCUGAUGGUGCUGCUGAUGGUCCCUCGGAGGAGUCAACGGCUCGCACGGAGGACUCGUAUCGCAUGCCCUUUGCUUUCUCCUAUCACAUGCCAGCCACUCGCACGGUGCCCAGCCCGUUGAGCUCCUGCCCAGAAGCUUCCUUUGAUGAGAGUGCAGCAGCAGAGGUGGAUCUUUACCAGUCCAACAGCGGACACCUAUUGGUGCGACCCCUCAUCAACGGCCAGGAUGUGGGGUAUUUCAUUCUGGACUCUGGAGCGAGCUGCUUUACAAUUGAACCCGCAGUGGCUGACAGCCUAGGCCUGGCCAGCUUCGGGUGUGUGCACACGGUGACAGUCCACGGGCCUGCAGAGUGUGCGUUUCGACGGGCGGACUCGGUUCAACUUGGGCCUCUCCACAUCGCCAACGCUCUAUUCGUCGAUGUGGGGGGAGCAGCGUUGGUGCAAGGAGUGAAGCCUGUGGUGGGGAUAUGCGGCUACGACGUGUUUCGGCAUGCCGUCGUGCAUGUUCAGGCGCGAGGCAGGAAGGGAACCCUCAGGCUGUACAAGCCACAAGAGACGGAACCCUCAGCACCAGAGCCUCGUGCAAGCAGUACCGCAGCAGGCAGCACGGAAAGUCGCACAGGGAAACCAAGUAGAGGAGAAAGCGGCCCGGAAAGACCUGCAGAUGGGCCCGUGCCACCUGGUGUUGCGAUGGCGCAAAGACGGGGGAGAGGAGGAGGGGCGGGGGGCAGGACGGGGGGCGGAGUGGCGGUGGUUUCCGCUGCGCUGGUUGGAGGCCACCCCUCUGUGCCUGAUCUCGGAGCAAAGAUAUACUGGGAGCCCAUUCGCAUGCUGGGCAGCGUCCCCCACAUAACAAUCACCUUCCAGGAGCACUGGGACUCGCCUCAGCAGCAGGGGCUCUUCCUCUUAGACACGGGCGCAGCCGGCGUGGACAUCAUCUUCAACUCUCGCGCCGUGCAGCGCUGCCAGCUGGGAACCAGGGCGAAGGGAGGGGACAGCUGGCUGAAAGGGAUGGGCGGCGCAGGGGGAGGGGGGGACGGGCAGCAGAUGACGGUACGGCAGGGCAACCUGGCGAUCGUGACAAUAGCAGGCCAGCAGCUCAAGAACGUGGCGGCGCUUUUCUCCUCAGCGGAACAAGGAGCCUUGGAGUUAUCGCAGUACACUAGCGGAUUAAUCUGCCGUAACUUACUGUCUAAGUUUGAUUUAAUUAUCGACUACCCUGGCCUUCGAGUUGGCCUCAUUCCUCGCUCCUCCCGCAUGUCCAAGCUCUAGUGCAAUAUGCAGUGUGUUACACAAUGUGUGGUGUGGUGUAAUGCGUUCCACGAUUUAUGGCUUGCUCGUGUAUACUGCUAUGC